AUGAGGAGAGCCUUAAAAAAGAAGAAGAUAAAUGAUAAAUUGGGGAAACUAUUAUUCAAUGGCUUAGUGCGGAUGCAAUAAAUAAUCAUCAGAAACAAAAUUGAGCCAACACUAUUUAAUCUCAUCUUUGCAAAAAUCCUUCUAUUCGUCUCAGCCCUACAGGAGAUAUAGUUAAUCACUUCAACAGAAAUUCAAAAUCAAACUUCCAUGCAAAUUCAGAGUUCUCUAUUGGCUAUUCAAUAGAAGUUUUCCAUCAAUUUGAUCAAAUAUGAUAAAGUCGAACCAUUGUUUUUUUUGUUGCUCUCCGUUCAAGUCAUAUACUUUUUGAUGGUAGCAAUUGUUUAUGUUGAUAAAAAUGAAAAAUUUAUUCUGGUAGGAUAAUUUUUCAAAUAUUUUCAAAACAUUUAUCACUUGAUAAUAUUUCUGCCCACUUUGAAUAUUUCAUUUAAUUUUGCACUCUCCUUAAAAUAUAUAGAACUCUCUAUUAUCGGAAUCAUUUUAGGUUUAUCACUAGAAAUUAUAUACUGUUUUUGUAAUAUUCAAAACAGUUUAAUUGAAAUUGAAGGUUGUUACUCAUCAAGACUGGUGAACUUGUUUUACUUACUUAUGUAGUUUAUAAUUUGCUUUGUAGUGCAGAGCAACGAAUAAUAUUUGGUGGCACCAAUUCUUUUGUUGUUCUCAAGAUUUAUCAUGAUUACAUAAAAGAUAAAUAAUUAUCAGUAUAACAGUUGGUACUAUUUACAAAUCUCAAAUUUCAUCAUAUCGUAUAUAAUAGUGUUUUUGAUAAAACAAUAUUGGUACGAUUUGGUUUUGAUCUAUAUUUUAUUGAUUAGUAUUUAAACUUCAAUUCGGUAAAAGAGACUAGGCGAAGAAUUAUUUUCGAAAAAUUCAUAAACAAAUUUAUUCAAAUAUGGCCUUUUUAAAAAUCCAGAAUUAGUAAAUUAGUUUACAUCAUACUCACAAUUUUUUACAGCCACUCAAGAAUAGAAUGUCAUUAAAUACUAAAAACAAGUGUUGUAGAAUGGUGAUAUCCCUGAGAGAUUAAGUAUAUUGUAGUAUGUGUUUAAGUACAAGAAAAUACAACUCUAUUUAAAUUUAAUAAAUAUCGACAAAGCAAAUUUAAGUUUUUUGCAAUAAUCAAGUUUGGAGGCUAAUUUAUUAAAUGUUAUUUAAUACUGUGAUGGAUUAAUUAAAUCUCCUUUAAAUGUUAAUUUGUACAUUAAAACGCUUCUUUUAGAACAAUAAAAUUAUUAACUCUUGAUUAAUUUUAUAGAUAUAAAAAGCUAGUUCUAUCUCUUAUUGACAAGGGAACAAUCUUUGGAUCAAUACCUUAAUACCUUUAGAAUAUAGCUUGACAAAAUCUUAAGCACACUAGAGAAAUACAAGAAUAUCUUUGAAAGACAAUAUGACUUGGAAAGUGGAAGAUUAUUGGAAUUUCAGAACUCAGAUUAAAUAUCUAUUAAUAUUGUAUCUUCAUAUUUGUUUAUUUUUUACAGUAAUUAUUUUAAAGUAAUCAACAAAAUUAAUGAUAGGUUAAAGAUCUCUGGAAGAAACAAAAUGACUUGCUUGCCUACGAUAAGAUAAUGAAUACUAAAUUUCAGAAGAGUAAAUAUAUAUAUUUAAAUAAUUCAUAGAUGAGGCAUUCUUGUUGUCAUCAAGUUUCAUUUUGAAUUCCAAUAAUAUAAUCAAUAAAAAUAAUAAGAGACUGCUCCAAAUCAUAGGAGACCAACUCGAACCAAAACAACUAGUUGAUAUGUUGCCAUCAUUUUAAAAGACCGUUUAUAAUAGUUUUGUCAAUCAGUAUUUAUAUUAAGGUCUAGAUAUAAAUUAGCCUUUGACUCUAUAUUUAUAUAAAGAUGAAUAUUUGGUCGAGUGCAAUUUAUACAUCUAUGUAACAAUUACGAAAGAUGACAUCAUUUUGUAAAAUUUAAUUGUUAUUAAAAACCAACCCAACCAUUUUGCUUUAUUUGAUUCAGAAGGGAAAAUGUUAGGGAUCUCUUAAUAAAUUUAUGAAUUUUUAACAUCUAAGUCAGACAAUGCAUUUACAAAAAAACUGAGUGUCUCUGAAUUCGUCCAAUAAGGAAUGAUCCAAUAUUAUCUUCCAGAAAUAUACUCUCAUAUUUAAGAACUAGCUACUUAGUAUUCUUUAGGGACAUUCCAAUAAGCAGUGAAUAUUGCUUCUAGAUGGUAAUUCCCUGUAAAUCAUAAGAAGUGUCUUGACUAAACUUAAGCAUUAGGACUUGUUAAUGAUGAAGCAACUAUUUCCUCGUAAUUUAAAAAAAUCUUUUAUUCCUCUUCCACAAAGCGAUUGCCUUCUUCUAGAUAACCUAAAUUAACUGAUGAAGUACCCACCAUUAAAGAUACUAAAAUAAAGAUUAUGCAAAUGCAAAUCAUGAACUAAAUACAAGCACUUGUAGUUCCACCAUCAAGAAUGAAAAGUAUAGAUUUUGAAGGAUCAUUGGAAUUUGUACAACAGAAAUUUAUAGAGUCAGAUACUACCUACUUUGUUUUGAAAUUCAAAUAGAUAGAAGAAUUUUAACAAUAAAAAAUAGCUUAAAUUCCUUAAAUAGAAGACAACUAAAAUAUAUCAUUAAUCACUGAUGAGUCGUAAUUUGAAGGAUUGUAAACAGAUUAUGAAUUCAUUUCCAAUCUUAUCAAAAGCAAGAAAUUAUAUACUCCAUUAAAGUACAAUAUUUGGAUACUAUUACUAAUGAUUUGUGUGACCACAAUUUCUUUACUGGUGAGUUACCUGUUGAAUUAUUACAAUAUGAUCCACUAACAAUAUGAUGUCAAUUUUUUGAAUACUCCGUAGGCUAUGACUUUCAACAUUGGAGCCUCCUUCAUGUUGAUGUGGAAUCAGUAUUGUAUUGAAAACUAACUUUAUCGAAUUAGUCCGUACUUAGAAUUUAGAAGGGAAAAUUAAUUAAUAUAUGUUUUCGAUUUCUGGGGCAGUGUGCAUGAAGAAUAUACAAUGAACCUAAGUAAGAAGAGUAUUCAAUUGGGGAUGGAUACAAUUGAUUUAAUUAGUUAUUAGAAUGGCUAAAGGACUUAAACUAGUUUGGAUUACUAUUAGUUUUAUACUAUUAUGAGAGAAGCACUGGUAAGACAGUUCAAGAAAACAGACUUUAAGAAUAUCACGACUUUUGAUCCAGAUAUACUCAAGACCAAUGGAUUAAUUAGAUAGAAUAUGUUAAACAUAUUUAAAUUUCACAAUUUUGUACUAGAUGAUAUGAUUUCAUCAACUGAGUAAUCAUUUUCUUAAUUUGAGAAUCAGACAUUCAUAUUUUGUGUAUAUUCUUCGAUAGUCAUAUUAUUUCUUUUGAUUAUCUUCUUUAUUAUCAAUUGUAGGUUAUUAAGGACUGAGACCAAAUUAAUCAGACUUUUGUAAUAUUUGAAUAUUAAAAUUAUUCAAGAAUAGAUAGAAAUCUUGCAUUUUUAAAAAGAUCAAUUAUCAAAACUAUUACUGAUUUAAUUUUAAUCAAAAGAAGAACCUGUCACUUAAAAGCAAAGUGAGAAAGUUAUUGCAAAUUAACCCAAAUUUAAUCCAUUAAGCAAAUUGGAAAAUUAUAAUGAAAAGUAUACUUUGUUGAUAAUCUUGUCAUUAAUUAUUGGUUGCGAAUUGAUAUUGUUUAUAUUUGGAUCUUAAUUGAUUUCCAGAUUAUAUAAUAGUCAAUAUUAAAGUAGUUUAAUCCUUACAAUGAAGUACCUAAAAUUGAAGUCAAGACUUGAUUCUGCAGUAAUAGUGGGGGAAGUCAUGAAGACUGAACAUAUAAUCAAGAACAACAGUGCAAUUGAAUACAUAAAUUAAACUGAUCAUAUUGAAUUCUUUUUCAAUAAUAUUGAUGUUUUGCUCUAUCUUUCAGAUUAGAUCAAUAAUGAAUUAGUCACCACAACCUCGUAUAAUUAAUCAUUUCAGCAACAAUUAAUUGACAUCUUUAAUGAUGACCUCUGCACUUACUAUACCAGCAUAUUGAGUUUUUGCUAAAUAAGUAGCAUCAAAUAGCAAUAUUAUGAAAAUGAAAAUUAUCUCACUUUGAUUGAUAAAGGCAUUUAUGGGAUAAUUUAGGACUUAAAUAAAUUAUCUAAAGAGGAGUUCAACUUUGAAAAAGUUAAUCUAGGUUAUGAGUUUGAUUAGAGUCAUUCAGAGUAAUUUCUGUCAUCACCUCUUCAUUUCCACUUAUUUCUACAAUACUUCAUUGAAUUGCAAACUUGCAUCUAUUUUUGUUUCUUAGAUAUUUUUACUGAAACACAGAUAUUAAGCAACAAAUUAUCAAAUUAAAUCUUAACUUAUCUAAUCACUUCAUCAGUUGCGUAAAUAUUUGUAAUUAUUUUAGAUUUCUCAUCUUUACUUCUCUUGUGUCAGCUUUUUGGAUUAACAAAUAGUAUAACAGAUUAAAUCAAUUGAAGUUGAUUGCUACAUUGUUUCCACCUGUCCUAAUUCAUCAGAAAGGAUUUAAUAAAUUGUUGUACUCCUAAUUAAUACAGAUUAAAUGA